AUAAAGAUGAACUUCCAAUCAUGGGACUACGUGGUGUUUGCCUGUCUGUUCGUGGUCUCCUCUGGAAUAGGGGUCUUCUUCGCCGUGAAGGAGAGAAACAAGGCCUCUUCUAGAGAGUUCCUGGUGGGGGGCCGACAGAUGACCUGUGGUCCCGUGGCUCUGUCCCUCACGGCCAGCUUCAUGUCAGCCGUCACUGUCCUCGGAGCCCCCUCGGAUGUCUACCGCUUUGGGGCUUCUUUCGUACUCUUUGGCGUGGCUUACACCUUGGUGGUGCUUGCAACAGCAGAACUUUUUGUGCCUGUGUUUUAUAGAUCAGGCAUCACAAGUACUUACGAGUAUUUGGAGAUGCGGUUUUGCAGGGGGGUUCGCCUGGCGGCCACUCUAAUUUACAUUUUGCAGACGAUUUUGUACACUGGAGUUGUGGUGUACGCUCCUGCGCUCGCCCUUAAUCAAGUGACUGGCUUCAAUCUUUGGGGUUCUAUAUUUGCCACUGGGAUCGUGUGUACGUUCUACUGCACCUUGGGAGGCCUGAAGGCGGUUGUGUGGACAGAUGCCUUUCAGAUGGUGGUGAUGGUGGUGGGCUUUCUGACUGUGCUGAUCCAGGGGAUGCUGAAGGCAGGAGGGCUUGGGUCCGUAUGGGAGGCAGCGCAGAAAAGCAACAGGCUCUCUGUCUUUGACUUUGACCCUGACCCUCUGAGACGUCACACAUUUUGGACCGUCACCAUUGGAGGGACAUUUACUUGGCUUGGCAUCUACGGGGUUAACCAGUCUACUAUACAGAGGUGUAUUUCCUGCAAGACUGAGACCCACGCCCGACUAGCUCUCUACCUCAACCUCCUGGGUCUGCUGAUCAUCCUGGUGUGUGCUGUGCUGUCUGGCCUCAUCAUGUAUGCCUUCUAUGCUGACUGUGAUCCAUGGACAGCCGGCUUCGUUACGGCCCCCGACCAGCUCAUGCCGUACUUUGUUAUGGAUAUUUUGGGGGAACUCCCAGGCCUUCCCGGACUUUUUGUGGCCUGCGCCUUCAGCGGAACUCUAAGCACUGUGGCGGCCAGCAUCAACGCUCUGGCAACAGUGACCUACGAGGACUUUGUGAAGCAGAGCUGUACAAAUCUCUCCAACUCUGCCAGUGCCUGGAUCAGCAAAGGAUUGUGUAUUGUGUUUGGUGUGGUCUGCACUUCCAUGGCUGUUGCUGCCUCCUAUAUGGGAGGAAUUGUGCAGGCCGCCCUGAGUAUUCAUGGAAUGUGCGGAGGCCCAAUGCUUGGCCUUUUCUCUCUGGGAAUAGUCUUUCCCUGGACCAGUUCAAAGGGUGCUGCUGGAGGGUUGAUGGUGGGCAUUGCCCUCUCGUUCUGGGCCGGCAUGGGGGGGUUUCUUUACCCAGCCCACAGCAACAACACCAGGCCUCUGGACCUCAGCACAGUAGCAUGUCAGCAGGCCAAUGUUUCAGUCAUGCCUGUCACUCCAACUCCACUCUCACUGGACUCCAAUCCUCUCUCAGCCAGGUCACCCUUGGCUGAUUCCUGGUACUCCAUGUCCUAUUUGUACUACAGUGCAGUGGGAUUUAUAUCCACCAUUAUAGCAGGCCUGAUGAUUACCUUCCUUACAGGAUCCACCAGGGGUAAGGAUGUGAAACCUCUCUUAAUACGGCCAGUGUGCAAUCUUUGCUGCUUCUGGUCUGAUAAGUACAAGAAAAUGUGCUGGUGCGCUGUCAGCCAUGACGAGGAUGAACAGGUUUUGGAAAUCCCAGACGUGACGUGGGAGGGAUACUGUGAGCGUGAGGAAAAAAAAGGAAAAAAAGCGUUCAAAAGAAAAAAGCGAGCAACAAACAAUUACGACCUUACGGAAAAAUCAUACACCAAUGCUGGGUUCAAUGAAGACUCUCAGCCUUUCUAAAUGCGAUAUCAUCUAUGGGUCUCAAAUGCAGUAUUUGGAGUGUAUUACGUGGUUUAUGAGCAUAACAGCUAGCGGUGACCUGUUCUUUCUAUAAUAAAAAAGAACAGCCGGAGUAUUUGGUUUAAAAGAUACAAUCCAUAAUUUAUUACAGAAAAGAGUGAUAUCCAAAUAAUU